CGUUUGGCAACUUACAUUUUUAGCCAAAAAGCCAAAAAGUUACUAAAAAAGCCAAAAAGUCUAUAAAUUUCACCCUACGCGCCUAUGUACAGUAGCUUCACGUGAUGGGUGGCAGAUGCGGUGUAAAAAGACCGUUUUGCCCCUCAUUGAUUUUCGUUAUUCCGUUUUCACCCUCCCUUUAUGUCAAACACUGAUGGGAAUCAUUUCAGAGCUACGAAUCGUUUCAGAGCUAUUAUCAGAAAGGGUGUACUACCUUCAGCUAUUCAGCUACAUCAACAUGAAGAGGGUUCUUCGUUCAACGCCAGAAGAUAGUAGAAGCUCUGAUCUGAAGAGAAAGAAAACCGAAGCGACGACGACAGUCCGCGAAGGUCCUCGGAGAAGCAGACCAUCCCCUGACGAUUCCUCCAGCCGCAGUCGCAUGGCGUCACAUCGAUCUACGCCUCGUACCCCUUCCGGAAAAGGGAAACGCCAACAACCCUAUCAUAAAGCAACUUGGGAUGGGGAGUCGACACGGAUUUUCUUGGAACUGGUUGUGAAGGAAAUUGAAGCAGAAAACCGGCCACACAUGUCAAUCACUCCAAACGGGUACCGUUCGUUGUCUAAGACAUUUGAGGCAGCAACUGGGCGGCUGCAUUCCCUCAAACAACUUAAAAACAGGUACAAUCUGUUGAAGACCGAGUGGCGUGCGUGGUGUAAGCUAAUGGAUUGCCGGAAAGGCCCAACUGGAAUUGGCUUUGACCAAGUAACUGGGCUGUUCAAUGCUUCGGCUGAUUGGUGGGCUAAAAUGGAAAAGGUAACGGUUUAUAUUUUCUUUUUCGUGUCCGUUAUUGCAUAACUAAUAUCUCAAUUUUUGUAUGUGUAUCAUGCUGUCCAGUGUAGUUUAAAACAUUCAAUUUUCUAACUUUACCUAAUAUUAUGAUAAC